GGCAAACGUUCUGCGAAAGUAAAACUGAUAGCUUUUGGUUAUUCCUUUCUAGUACCUACUGGUUAUACUCGGAAUCUCUGUGGUCGUUUACCCAAUUAUCAUUUAUUUUUUAUUGAAAGGUAACAAAGACAAGAAAAGUAAUUUUGCCUUUACAAAAUCUUAGUUUUGCCCUCGAAAAACAUUUCAAAGCCCGUACAAAAAUUUAAAAAAUAUGUUUUUCAUAGGUUUCUUGAUAUGCUCUACAAUCUGGACAGAUCAGAAAAUUUUUUGGAAAAGAAAAGUUUUUGACCUAGAAAACUGGUUUUCCAAAAACCGGGUCUCCAGAGGCCUAGCAGCCCAAAUGCUUGUCAUAGUCGGAUUCAGCAUGUUUGAUUACCUAUUGUCCACUAGCUUAGAGCUCAAAAGCGAGUUCACAGUUGGGGACCUUUCCUCGUAAGUUCAAACUGUUUCUAGAUGAGAAUAAAGUGAACGCAUACACAUACGUAAUUUUCACACGCAUCUCUAAUCCUAUUAUAUUAGUCCUAUUAUAUUUCCUAUUAUAUCUCUCACAAACAGCUCAUUUAACAAGAAGGAAAGAAUAGUAUAUAAAUUCGGUUUGACUGCUACACUAACCAAGUUCACAUCUCAAUCGAAAAAUGAGUACACUAACGCAAAUUGCUCUUCAAGUUGGUCGUAUAGUUUCUCCGAUCAUCAUCGUCUUUGGUCUGCUAGGAAGUUGUUUAAAUCUAUUAAUUUUUUCUUUAAAAUCUCUACGUUCUUACUCUUGUACAUGGUAUUUACGUGUAUCAUCAAUUGGUAAUCUGUGUGCUAUCGUCUUUGCAGUUCUGCCAUCAUUUCUGUACAAUAGUUUUCAACUGGAUUAUCGGUCUACGUCAUCUCUCAACUGCGAACUGCAUCAAUAUCUAAGUUAUACAGCAGCAAGUUUUUCAAGUUAUUUCUUUGUUUUGGCUUGCGCAGAUCGGUAUCUGUCAUCCUCACGGAAUGCCAGUCUACGAAAAUGGGCAACAUUGAAGGUUGCUGUUUACGUUAUACCAGCGAUGUCAGUGAUCUGCUGUCUGCUCUACAUUCACAUUCCAAUUUCAUUCGAAUUACCGCGAACGCAAAUCGGUGUCAGUUGCCAAAUCAAUGGAAGUGGAUGGUAUGCACGAUUCUUUCGUAUUUAUGUGGUGGUCUUCUACACGUUUUUACCACGUGGGUUAAUGACUGUUUUUGGUUUGAUGACAGUGACAAAUGUUACACAGCAGCGAAGAAGAACAGGAGCAAACGGUAUUUAACUGACGACGAUUUUUCCCAGAUUCAAAACUCUAGUCGGAAAAGUGCUAAGCAGUGUGGACUUGCAACAGAAGCAUAAAACGUUGAGACCUGCGAAAACAAAAUCUGCCACUAAAAAACACAACACUUCAUACAAAGCUCCGUAAAAGAAGCGAGUCAGAGCUUUUUCCACGGCAAGAGGUUAUGGUUCGCCACUUCAAGGGCGAUUUCUUCGACUCGACCUAUAUUUGGUGUGCAUCAAAAUGUUUAAUAGCCUACACGCAAAAGUUUAGAAACGAGACAGUAGACGCAAAAAGACUGCUGAAAAAAGGAAAGCUGUUGCAUCAUUAUUAUCUCUUUCACACAAGAAAGAACUUCUUUUGUAGUCUUUGAUUUCUGCUUUUAGAUGCCUCUUUUCAUCAUACGAAAGUAACAGACAUGGCACCACAUUCUCCUGCAGCAGAACCAGCUAAAAGGCUACACAAUAAAACGACACAAUUACAUCAUCAUCAUCAUCGCGAUCGUCAAAUGUUGAAAAUAAUUAUAAUCCAAAUAUUUACAAAUAUAUUUUUCUCUCUUCCCUACACCGGAUAUUCGAUUUAUCAAGUUCAGAAACUCACACAGGGAAAUACAGAAGUUGAACAGCUCCUGUUACGUUUAUUUCUGUAUUUAUUCUAUUUUAAUCAUGCAACACCAUUCUAUACAAAUACGCUGACAUCGAAAAUAUUUCGGAGUGAAUUAGUGAAAUUAUUUCUGAAAUUAAAACACAGACUAAAUUUAGGUUAG